AGCGACCGUGUGAUUCGUACGCAUUCGUACGCCGGACGCCAACAAGAUCGCACGCGUCAAUUUUAGUGCAGAAGUGGCUUAAAGCCAAAUAUAGUGUAUAUUUUUGGAUCAUAUAUUAUUACACGAUGAAUUCCGGGUGGCUGGCUUGGGAGUGUAUAGUGUUUGGUAUAUUCGUGUGUGCAUCAUCGUGUGCUCCAUUAUGGAGGAGGAGAAAGGAUGCAGCCGCUGGUGGCAGUGCCAAGCAAGCGUAUAUCUUCGCUGGAGGCGGUGUCUCUACUCUGGCCAUGAUUUUAUCUGUAGCUAGAGGGACGCUGGGCGUGAGAUCGUUUUUAGGGUUCCCAUCGGAGUUGGUGUACUAUGGCUCGGCAAUGUGGGAGACUCUGUACGGCAUCAUCCUCGCCUUUCCCAUCGUCUGUUGGGUCUUCGUACCGGUGUAUUACAGACUACAUACAAACUCCGUGUACGAGUAUUUACAAAUGCGGUUCGGAUCUCGAUGGGUACGGCGGAUGGCAGCUGCAACGUUCCUUCUACGACAAGUUCUAAAUCUAUCGGUGACAGUAUACACGCCUACAGUGGCUCUCCAUGCUGUUCUUGCAUUACCUCACUGGGCGUCAGCUGCAGCACUGACUAUUGUUGGUAUUGUUUUCAACCUGCUUGGAGGAUUGGCUGCAGCUAUCAGAGCUGAUGUGAUACAGACGUUGACAAUGAUAAUGGUGAGCGGUGCCUUCAUCAUUCAGGCUACGAUUACAGCUGGGGGUCCACAACAAGUGGUCAGCGACAACAUCGACGGAGGAAGACUGAAGUUCUUCCAAUUCACAGGCGACCCGACCGUCCGCGUCGACACCCUCUCAGCGAUCAUUGGUCAACUAUUCAUGUCUGUGUCCAUCUACGGCUGCCAGCAGACCUUCGUCCAGCGUUACUGCUCCAUGUCCAGUGAAGCCAGGGUCAGAAGAACCCUAUUCGCCAACGUACCAGCUGUAGCUGUCUUAUUCAGUCUCUCUUGGGUCGUCGGCAUGACCUUGUAUGCUAUGUACAAGUACUGCGAUCCUCUUUCUUCGGGAAAAAUCGCAGCUCCUGAUGAAGUUUUGCCUCUCUACGUCCAAGACCAGUUCGGAUUUUUACCUGGAAUGCUUGGACUAUUUUUGGGCAGUCUGUUCAAUGGAGCUUUAAGUUUCCUGGUAUCAAAUGUUAACUCUCUAUCCACGGUGACCUGGGAAGAUUUCGUGUCCUUCGCUCCCGCUUUCAAGGGUAUAACUGAUAAACAACAGCUGACUGUCAUCAAAAUUAUUGGAAUUAUUUAUGCUCUCAUCAUCAUGUGUUUAUCACUUUGUGUCGGCAUCGUGGGAGGAGUCGUCGAAGGAUCACAAUUAGUCACUUCAGCUACCUCAGGGGCUUUAUUAGGAGUGUUUAUAUUGGCUGCGCUCUGUCCUAUUGCUAAUGGGAAAGGAGCACUAUGGGGCAUGAUUGCAUCUCACAUAGUAACGACUUGGAUGGCAGCUUGCAGGCUUUUGUAUGUUGAUAAAGGAGUCGCUAUGUUGCCUAUGUCUACUGAGCAAUGUCCAAAUGCAACACAGUCGAUACUGACCCACCAAGCUUUACCAGUUGAAGUCAACGUAACUCUAGCACAUCUAGCACCAUUACUACAGUCCAUCAACAUGUCUCAUCCUAUACCGACUGAAUCUCCUAUAGUAACUGGACUACAGAAGUUCUACUCAAUAUCCUACAUGUGGUACGCGGUCAUUGGUACCUUAAUCUGCGUUAUACUAGGUAAUAUCAUCGGCCUACUAACAGGCAGCGAGAAAGACGCCUUUGAUGAACGUCUUCUACACCCAGUGGUGGCAAAACUCGCAAAGAAGCUCCCAGGACCGAAGAGAUUCUACAGCACAGAAAAACCAGCCAUUCCUGAUGAAAAAGAAGGGGAAAAAGAGUCUUCUGAGAAGACUGAAGAGACAGUAACUGAUUCAACACCAAAUGAGCCAGUAGAUCAGAAAGCAGGGGUAUUUGUUACAACUGGAAGUAGAUUAUUUGAUGUUUAUGAUGUGAGAAAAUCUCCAACGCCUUCGCUUGUAAGAACACGAUUGUGAUUCCUGCCAUUAGAUUAAAAAGGUCCUAUUUCAAAGAGCAUGUGAGUGCCAUUUUAGUUUUAAAAUGGAUUGUUUAAAUGUGGUAAUAAGAGUGAUUUUUGUAGUUAUGUUGAUUUUUUGAAUGGAAAAGAGUGAUAUUUAUUGUUAAUGGAGUCUUAUAAAAUCGUGUUGGAUAAUUUUGUAGCAAAGAUUUUUGAUGUACUCUUAUAUAAUACGAGUUAAAGACUAGAAUGCCUCGAUAAUCAAUGCCAGUCGUCUCAUUGAAUUUGAAUACAACAAGUUCUUUAUUAAAGAAGCGAUAUGAAUUUCUAAAAGGCCUUUGCCUCUUACACCUUUUUU